AUGGAAAGUAUGUUCGGGUUUUCACAUCAUAAAGACAAGAAACUGGGGAUCACAGGUCACACAGACCUGGUCAAGGAAGAAGAUAAGAGCAAAGACUCUAGUGAUGAAGAGAUGGAAGAGAAUUAUCUUAAAGAAGGGGAUUUAAAGGAAGGAGAUAAUUUGUUAGGGUUUGAACUUGAUAAUCUGUUUGAAGGGAGGAAAUUGAAGAUGAGCCCUACGAAGGUGAAUUUGUUGGAUCCGAUGGAGAAGCAGCCAGGUUUGGGGCAGAAGAGGGAUAGUGAGAAAAUAGGGAUAGAAGACAAAACAGAAGAGUCUCGGAAAGAAAAAGUGCAAGAUCUUUUACAACAACUGUCUCAAUACGCUAAAGAUCAGAAUAUCUUGGAACUUAUUGGUAGCCAGCAGUUUAGUAAAGAUCAGAAGAAAGUUAUUCAAAGUUUUAACAAGCGUAAAAGAAGUCAGAGUAUUGAUUCUGCUUCUAGUGAAAAUUUAAGUAGAAGAAGCAUUGUAGAUAUUCAUAGUUUGUCUCCAGCAAGAGAAGAUAAAGACUUCAGACCUUCAAGUAGGAAGAUUUAUAAGAAAGAAGGUAGCAUAGAUAGGUCUAGUUCUUCAGCCAAGGAUGAGGGAAGAAGAUCUACAAGAUUGCAAAGAAGUAGAGAAAGAUCAGGACUAAAGAAAAUGAAGCACUCUAGUUCAUCUUCCUCUAGCUCAAGAGCUUCGCCUGUUAAAGUUCCCAAACAAGUUCAAGGCAAAAAGAUAGCCCAAAAAUAUCCUGAAAGUGAGGAUGAGAAUAUUGAGCUUACAAAUAAAGCAAAUAAAGACUCUCCUGAUUCUGCUGCUCAGGAUGCUUUGCUGAAGUCUAGAUCUCAGAUGCAAGAAAAAGAGCUUUCUCUAGCUCAUUCAGUCAAAUCUAAUGCCCUCUCAGCUCCUAAAGAGCCUGAAGCCCAGGCUUCAAAGGCUCAAGACUAUCUAGCCACUUUUGAGAUGUUUAGGUUCAAGGGCAAAGAGACGUCUUUCUUCACACCAGGUGCUGAUCAGGAAUCUGAAGAAGAGGAGGAAGAAGAUGAGAAGGAAGAAACACCACAAGUCAGAAACGAUCAGUUAGAGGAAAGUAAAAUAUUACCUAAAAUACCAGUUGCAGCUCCGGAAGGGGUUAAAAGGCCGGUGGGUCCUCCACCAAGGUUCCUACCAUCUGUUGGAGUUAAGCCUCCUCCUGGUACUAAAGUACCUGUAGGACCUCCUCCAGGUAUUAUUGGACCUCCACCUGGUGUUAUUAGACCUCCACCUGGAGGUUUUAGACCUCCUACCAAGACAGUAGUAUCUGUUAGGCCUCCUUCAAGUUCAGUAGUGCCUGUUGGACCUCCAGGAGGUCCCCCACAAAUAACAAAGCCACAAUCUAUUACUGCUCAAAUUGCUAAGGUUUCUGACUUUACAGGGUUAUGAGCUGAAAUGCGUUUCACGAUUGUAUCGAAAGAUACUAAAAUGGUUACUCUUAAGGCAAAAUUUCCUCCUUUCAAGACUAUCGAGAUUGAUUCAAAAACCUUUAGUAAAGAAGUACUGGCCAUGACUAGGACUCCUGUCCAGACAGGCACAAAGGAGGUCCAGACAGAUACUCCUAUAGAGGAGACUCCUACUUCUGUGGAGAAUACUACCACUGAAAAGGAAGAGGCCAAAUCUUCAGCUAAGAAAUUUGAGUUUGAUGGAAUUGAUAUGGAAGGAAUGGAUGACAUGCUUAUGGGAGAUCUUGAAGACUCCGACGAAAUGCUUGAUGAAGCACAUGAUCUUGUUCCAGCUCAAUCUAGCGAGAUUAAAAUUGACAAUACAGCAAAGCUUACAGUGACCAAUGCAGUCUCAACCAACGUCCAUCUCAAAGGAAAUAAUAUAGAAUUUGAUGAACUGGUCGACGAUUUUAGCUACUUUCGAGAUAGUUCUGAUAUCAAUCUCAAGAAAGUCCAAUCAAAUUUGAUCACAAAGGAAGCAUUGAAGCUAGAGUCACAAGAGAGUCUGGAUCAACUAGGCUCUCACGGAAAGGGGGAAAUGAUACUUAAGCUUAUCAAGGAGCGUGAAUCGUAUAGAGAAAAGCUCAGGAUCGCCCAGAGAGCUAUACAGGUCAGGGAUACUCAUAUUGAGAAAAUGAAGAGCGAAGGAAAAAUAAUCCCACUUGAUAUGACCAAUUCUAGACUUCAUCUUGCUUUUAUGUAUUCUUCGCCGCUUAUCAGAGAGAUUAAUGGCAAAACGGAAAAUAUUAUGCAGCUUGAUUAUCUCACUGAGAUUCAAGAUAUAGUAAAAGUCUGUUCAAAGAUGGAGUACGAAAUGAAGUACAAAGAAGAAGUUGCAACAGUCAGUAACAUGAGAAGUAUCAUCACUGAUGGGCCCAUAGCUCUUCAUUUCUCAGGUCAUGGAAUUGAGAAUACCUACGAUAAUAUUGGAAGUGAUUUCUAUAUUAACGAAGAUAAAGGUAACAUCCUGCUUUUGGAGGAUGAGCAGGGGAAGUCCUACUAUUUAUUUGAAAAAGAUCUCACAACUAUGAUCCAAGAAGCAAACACUGACUUAGAAGUUGUAUUUGUGUCUUCUUGUCAUUCACAAUUUGCAGGAAAGGUUUUCCUAAAUGCUGGUGCGAAGCAUGUUAUAUGCAUCCAGCAAGGUGAGAAGAUCUCUGAUCGAGCCUCUCUGAGAUUCUCUAAGGUGUUUUACGAAACCUUGUUUGUGAAGCAUUACAAUGUCUGAACUUCUUUCAGGAUCGCUAAGGAAGAAAUUGAUAAGGUGAUUAACUCUACUGAGGCAAAUAAGUUCAUGCUUUUGACUCAAGAUGAUGAUCAGAUUAAGUCUUCUGCAGCCGAACAAGACAUGUAUGGGUUCGCCUCUAGUAAGAAAAGACAUAAAUGCAAUGCAUUGACCAAUUUCAAAACUGGGUGACUUACAAACAUGAAUGAAAUCCCUGUGUUCACCUCAAAUCCUUCCAAUGUAGAGGGCUUUAUUGGAAGGCAGAAGGAAAUGUAUGAAAUUAUCAAGCAUCUUAAUAAUCACAGGCUGGUAUCUAUUUUGGGCCCACCAGGAAUUGGUAAGACCAGCUUAGCUAGAAAUCUGGCCAAUUAUAUCAAGGACAGAAGGAAGUUCAGUGACGGAAUUAUUUACCUUCCAUUGAGAGGCUGAGAAUCCUCACAAAUGUUUCUGACUCGUCUUUCCUUAAUUAUUCGCACCGUUUGCUCCCUUGAAGACAUCCAAAGAUAUGGCCUCGAGGACAUUGAUAAAAGUAAGAAUAAGAAAAACGGUAAAGAAGAGGGUGUCGAAGAGGAGGAAGACAAUGAAGGGAAAUAUAGAAACUUUAUUUCAAAUAUUUUAAGAGAUAAGGAAGCUCUCUUAAUACUUGAUAAUGCUGAAGAUCCUCUAGAAUAUGAUAACACAAAGUUUAUCUCUGAGAUCCAGUCUAUUCUAGAUAGCUGUCCGAAAUUAAAUUUCUUGUUAACUACAAGAAAGACAUUGAACAGCUUACCUUAUGGUCAUGAAAAACCAUACAUCCUUUGUCCUCUGACAAAGGAAGCAUCUCUUAAAUUAUUGAUAUCAAAGGCUCCAAGGAAUAUCAACCCUCAGGAAAUUCAUCAACUCUUGAGAUGUAAAAUACCAAAAGAUUGUAAGAUAAGACAAACGUUGAAUGUAUCCAGCUCUAUUGACAGAAACUCUCCUAAAACUCUUCUUGAUCACCCGUUUACGUUGCUUCUGGGAGGACAUCCUCAGGCUAUUUCAUUGGCUGCUCCACUUUUGGAGUACAAAUCACUUAAGGAACUAUUCCUGGAUUUCUGUAGGUCAAACAUGAUGGAUGCAUUGGAGAUCUCGACUGAUAACCAGAAUUCCAGCACCUCUUUAAGAGUCUCACUAGAGCUGAGUAUAAACCAUAUGAAGAACACAAAUCCAAAGGCAUUGAACUUUUUCGGAUUCAUUGGCCAAUUUCCUGGAGGAAUCGGGGAGUUCCAAAUAACACAGAUGUGGGGUGACAACUCUUGGAUUCCUUUCAAGGAUGCUCUAAUCCGAGCAUCACUGCUAGUUUACAAGACUGAUGCUAACGGGAAGUUUAUAUAUAAUAUGCUUCCUUUCAUGACUAUUAGGGCUGGAGAACUCCUCGAUGAGGAUGACAAAUUAAGGUACGAAUUCCAUCAGAAAAGCUGCAAGCUUUACAAAGAUUACUGCAUUGAGAUAUACAAUUCUGACAAAUCUCUAGAUACUAUUGAAAAGCUGACCGAUAUGGAGACCAAUAUCUGGGCCUGUAUUUAUAGAAGUCUCAAUAGAAGAAGAGAUAUUGAAUAUGUCAGCACUCAGGACCCAGAGCUAAAAGCAGAUGAGAAUCCAACUGAUGAGGAAAUCAUAGUUACACAAACUAAAAUCGAGCAUGCUGAUUGGAGUAUAGAUCCAAUGGGGAAUCCUCUCCUACCGAAGGAGAUUCCCACUCGUGGAAUGAAACCAGUGUCUCAAUUCGAUAGUUCUGCUACAACAAUUGAGAAUACUUCAGAGAGGAAAAUAUUAAACUCUAUGAUAUCUUUACCCCAGAAUCAUGAGAAUGUUGAUAUGAAGAAUAAUCAGUAUCUUGAUGAAGAACUUAUGGUUCUAUACUACAUCACUGACUUGAUCACGAUCAGCAAAGAUGGAGACGCGAUGAAAGCUCUUCAAGAAUACUCAAAUAAAGAAGGAAUAUCUACUUUAUGUCUGGCAAAUCUGUAUAAAGCUCAUGCUGUGCUCUGUAUUAUUAGUAAGGAAUACAAGGACAUAAGCCUCUCACUUAGUUCCAUCAAGAUGGCAUCAAAAUUAUUUAACGAAAUUGGGUUGAAGAAAGGAGUGGGUUCUUGUAAAUUUUUCAUCUCAUCUCUUCUCUAUCAUGAUCAUUGGUCUGAACUGAAAGGAGAAAAGAGUGAAGAAGAGAUGCUGGAGAGCUCUCUACAUUUCUGACAGUCUUCUCUCAAGACUUUCAAGCAGGUCAACUGGGCCACGGGCCAGUUACAUGCUGGUAAGCAUGAAGACAAUUUGGUAAAGAAGUUGAGAAAGAAGGUGAAUCAUUACAAAUCAUCUCGUUAUUAUAUUGACCUUAGCAAGAAAUCAAAGAAUGAAAUAACAUUGAAGGAAUGUUCUUGGCUUCCCUCUAAACAUCUUCUUUUCUUAAACCUGAUUUUUAAAAAUGAAACUGAUUCUUUAAUGAUCCCAUCCAAAAGUAGUGACAGUAGCAUUGGAAAUAAGAGCUUCAAAAAGACCACAGUUAAGGAAACUAAAGAGAAGAAAGAGAAGGUUUCAAUGCCCAAGCCAAUGACUUCUAAGUCCAGGAAGAGCAAACCUCUAAUUACAGAUCUGGGCAAGCCUAAUGUAAAAGGAAUAAGUUCAGAGGCCCAACAGCAACAGGCGAUCUUAGAUGAGAUCAAGCGAGAAAAUAAGAAAAAGAAGGCUGUUACCCAAACAGCUUCUAAAAGGUCUGCCAAGGUUCCAUGAGGGGCCAAGAAUUUCACAGGCAAUAAGUAGCCAUUUCUAGUAACAACAGCUGGAUACAAUUCAAUA